AUGAAAGCUUAUCUGUUGAGCGAUUCAGACACGCAGCUCCAGCUCAUCGACAUUGAAAAGCCCAGCCCUUCUGCUGGAGAGGUACUUAUUGAAGUCCAAGCUUGCGGGAUAUGUCAUUCAGACUGUCACAUCAUCAAUGGGUCCGGAGCAGCAUGGGUUCAAAGACCACGAAUCCUCGGGCACGAGGUAGCUGGGAAGGUCGUCGCCUUAGGAGAUGGGGUGCCAGAAGACCUUUUAGCGAAGAGAGUUGCAGUGGCCUUAGUCCCGCCAGCUACAGCAAUCGGGCUUGAUUUCGAUGGAGGGUAUGCGGAGUUCGCAGUGGCUCCGGUGAACACUCUCGUGCCUCUGCCUGAAAAUGUUAGCUUUGCGCAAGCCGCUGUUGCGACGGAUGCGGUGCUAACGGCUUACCAUGCUGUAGUUGCUGAAGCUGGAGUCGGCGUUUUGACAACUGUUGCCAUCAUUGGCCUUGGUGGUCUGGGAUCUAUCGGUCUCAGAGUUGCGGCUCUUCAAGGCGCGACAGUCUUUGGCAUCGACAUUGACGAAAGCAAAUUCGCGGCUGCUUACAAGAAUGGAGCGAAAAGUUGCUUUACCAGUCUUGCAAUGGCUAAGGAUGUCGUUUUCGAUGUAGUCGUGGACUUUGCAGGAAUGUCCGAAACCAUGGUAGCUGCACUGGGAGCUCUGAAGCGGGGAGGAAGGAUCGUUCUUGUUGGGCUUGGAUCGAAGGAGUUGACUUUACCCUCAUUCCCCAUCGUUUUCAAGAAGGUUGAAAUUAGGGGCUCGCUGGGAGGCACUAAGGCCGAAUUGGUCACAGUGUUAGCUUUAAUAUCUGUUGGUAAACUCACGCCGGUUUUGGAAGAAGUCCCUUUUGGGAAGCUGACUGAAAGUCUUCAUCGUUUGGGAGGAGGUAAGGUGGUCGGGAGGCUAUUCACGAGGCCAAAUCGGACAGAAUAA